CUUCACUCCUGGACAACACACCAGAACCAUCCCAAUGUUUGUUCCUGAAUCCACAUCAAGACUACAGAAAUUCACAAGUUGGCUGCUGGGGCGACGUCCAGAGUUCACCGAUCCUAAAGUCGUGGCCCAGGGAGAGGGCAGAGAAGUGACCAGGGUCCGUUCUCAGGGUUUCGUCUCCCUCUCCUUCCACAUUGUGACUAAAGACAUGAAGAGACUGGGUUACGACACCACACCUUCCGAGACCUCACACACUGCUGCUGCAGGCAUCGGACUGGGAGACCAGGCCUACAGCACGUGA